UUAAAAAAUAAAAACCAACCUGCCCAAAAAAACCAUUGAAAAUGACAAGUACAACCUUUUCCGUUUGCCAAUGGAAAAGUACAUAAAGUGAUUUCAGCUUACCAAUUUCAAGAAAAGAUCUCUGCUUAGCAAAGUAUACUUAGCUAUUCAUUCGGGAUAAAUGGGGAGUGAACCAGUGAAUGUGAAUGAGUUUCAAGAAUUGGCUAAGCAAGCACUUCCAAAAAUGUAUUAUGACUACUAUGCUGGAGGAGCCGAGGACCAACACACGCUCAAGGAGAAUGUGGAAGCAUUUCACAGGAUCACGAUCCGGCCUAGAAUUCUGGUAGAUGUGAGCCAAAUAGAUAUGUCAACUACUAUAUUGGGUUACAAAAUAUCUGCACCUAUUAUGAUUGCUCCUACAGCUAUGCAUAAGCUUGCAAAUCCUGAAGGUGAGGCUGCCACAGCCAGAGCUGCAGCUGUAUGCAACACAAUUAUGGUUUUAUCCUAUAUGUCUUCCUGCACAGUGGAGGAGGUUGCUUCCAGUUGCAAUGCUAUUCGAUUCUAUCAAUUAUAUGUCUACAAAAGGCGAGAUAUAUCAGCCCAGCUAGUGCAGAGAGCUGAAAGAAAUGGUUACAAGGCUAUUGUCCUAACUGUGGAUGCUCCCAGACUUGGUAGAAGAGAGGCAGACAUUAGAAACAAGAUGGUUGCACCACAGUUGAAGAAUUUUGAAGGUCUAAUAUCAACUGAAGUUGCCUCUAAUGAAGGUUCAAACCUAGAAGUUUUUGCCAAAGAGACUUUCGAUGCUUCCAUGUCUUGGAAGGAUAUAAGCUGGUUAAGAUCCAUUACAAGCUUGCCAAUUCUUAUUAAGGGGGUACUUACUCAUGAAGAUGCUAUAAAGGCAGUGGAAGUAGGUGUUGCCGGGAUUGUGGUCUCUAAUCAUGGAGCUCGCCAGCUAGAUUAUAGUCCAGCAACUAUCACUGUUCUGGAGGAGGUUGUUCAUGCCGUUGGAGGGAAAAUUCCUGUUCUGUUUGACGGGGGAGUACAGAGAGGAACAGAUGUUUUUAAGGCCUUGGCUCUUGGCGCACAAGCUGUUCUUGUUGGCAGGCCAGUUGUCUUUGGGCUGGCGGCAAAGGGAGAUUAUGGAGUGAGACGUGUAAUUGAAAUGCUGAAGAAUGAGCUUGAGCUGACUAUGGCUCUCUCUGGCUGUCCUAGUGUGAAGUGUAUUACCAGAAGCCAUGUGAGAACCGAGCGGGAGAGACUUCAAUCCAUGCUCUAGUCUUCUUCUGAAGCUGUAUCAAGUAUCUUCUAAAUGGUUUCAGAUGAUCAAUUUUACUAGAAUUUCUGUGAUUUAAAUUCUCUGGAAAAUGGUUGCAUCUAUUUUCGUCUCAGUUCAAAGUGUAUAUUUACUGCACCUAGUAGGCAUUAACGUUUCUGUUAUUUGCCUGUUAUAGUGAUUGGCGGGCAUAUUAGAUCUACUCUAGAAAAAGAGUCCCAUAAACAUUUGUUUAGAUUUCUCUGUAUUAGGUGGAAUAACACGAUUUUGACAUUUAAAUUUACAGUCCAAAAGAAAUUUAAUGGCUUUGUUUUUAUCUGACAAGAAA